CUUAUAAAUUUUUCGUUGCACACUCUGUAGUACAAGACCUUCUUUUCUCUCGAUACAGCACCUUCUCACUUUUCUUUGAUCGACCGGCCCUCAUUCAUUCUAUUACUGCCCAAGUCUUUCACCCUAUGCAAUACAAAAUAAUAUGCAUGCUACUUUUAUGUAGCAUAAGUCCAAUGGUGUGGUCGGCUCCCAUUCAAAAACGAGAUGAUAUGAAUACCAACAUCAUGUACCAUUUAUCAGAAAACAUAUCUUCCCAAUUUCAACUAGCGUUACAACCCAAAUUGCGCCAAUUCUCUACCAACGUUCAACGAAACGUAUUUGCCGGUCUUCUUCCACAUGAUAAUGAAUUUGUCGUAGCAUUUUCAAAAAAGAGCGACUUAGACAUACGAAUCUCUGGCACCAUCAAAUCGACGUGGGCCGAUCAAGAAUUAAAAAUCAAAGAAGCUAUUUUCAACGCCUUGAUGCAGACCUAUAAUGAAUCAGAAGAAGCUAUCUCGCAUAUCGAUGAUGCUAUACGUGUUGCUCGGCAAGCUGUUGUAGAGAAAAUAGGAGAAUCCGUCCACGCACACUUGUACGAUUCUCUAAUCUCACAAAACAUCCAACCUCUGGUUGCAACAGCAAUAGGGAAGUCUUAUAACAAUGACAUCGAAGAGCGAAUAGCCAAAAACAUUGAAGGAGUUACAAGCAUAUGGUUAAGACGUUCCAUCGAAAAUGGAUUUUGCGUAGACGCAACCUCUUGCAUCGACUCUGAUUUGGUCAAGUCUAUCUAAAUAGUAUAUCGACCAUCAGCUUAUUCCUAAGGUUUUAAAACUCCUAAGCCCGCCCCUUCCCCUGCUAACAUUUCAAGACCUACCACUGCUCUCCUUCCGCUAUCCUAGAGGCACCUUCCCCCCUUCAAGAUCCCCGUUUCCCUGU